AUGCCUUCAUCGUCGCAAACGAAAUGGUCCAUAAAGAAGAUCCGGGACCUGACUGAACAGAAGUUCCGAAAGCGCGCUUGUCUCUUCCAAGUGAAGGUGGCGCAGGCGAUACGAGAACGAAGAAAGGAUGUUGUAGCAGUAGCGGCUACGGGUUUCGGUAAAACACUGGCAUUCUGGACUCCCCUUCUUAUGGCUAUGGCCGAUGGAGAGGAUAGAUGUAUUAUUGUUGUAUCCCCCCUGAAUCUACUAGGCCGACAAAAUGUACAACUACUUGAGGAUGCGGGACUGAAAGGGGUAGCCAUUGAAGCUAAGACUGCAACAGCAAAGACUUUCCAGGAAAUUGAGGAGGGUAGAUAUCAGGUUAUAGUAGCCAACCCGGAGGUCAUUAUGCAGGAAGGCGGCCGUUUCGAGCGCUUGUGGAAAGUUCCGAGCUUCACCUCAAGACUACUGUAUGUGGUCUUUGAUGAGGCACACUGUGUCAGCCAGUGGAGCGACUUCCGAGAGCAGUUCAAGUAUAUCGGAAGCCUCCGGUAUUUGAUCCCGGGAACUAUCCCGUUCCUUGUAGCAUCUGCUACCUUACCAGAACCUGUUCUACAAGAUGUUGCAGAGAUUCUGCAGUUACGGCGGGGCGAGACGGAGUACAUCCGACGCUCCAAUGACCGUCCGGAUAUACACCUGGCAGUGCACCGAAUGGAGCACCCUGCCAACUCUUAUCGGGAUCUUGCCUUCCUGAUCCCGGAUAACUUCCAGCCCACAGAUAUGCUGCCCCCCAAAUUCCUAAUAUUUUUCGAUGAUAGAAAGGACACGGAGGAGGCAGUGAAGUAUCUAAGGAGUCGCCUGCCAGAAGAGCUCCGGAGUAAAAUCAAAUACUUCCACUCAGUUAUGAGCCCUGAAUACCGGGAAGAUGAAUAUGAAGCAUUGAGGGAAAGUGAUUUAUGGGGCCUUUGUGUUACGGACUCAUUUGGCAUGGGGCUAGAUCUACCAGAUAUAACACUCAUUGUCCAAUGGCGAGCUACCUGUGAUAUCAAUACCCUCUGGCAGCGGUUUGGGCGUGCUGCCCGGAGUGAUGGCAUUGUCGGGACUGCUGUGCUGUUUGUUGAGAAGGGUCAGUUUGAUGAAGAACGGGAGAGGCUCCGACUGGUAGCAGAGGCACGGAAGGAGAAGGCCUCAACAUCAGGAAACGCGUUCUGCGGCAUAGGAGGACCCUAG